AGAUAAUAUAAUUUAAAAGAAAAUUUUUAUCCUUAUGUCACAAUAAUUUCAGAAAACAUUCAUAAUUACCCAAAUUUUUUAGAUUUAGAACAUUAAAAUUAUAUUUUUGUAAAAUGGCGGAGGCACCAAAUUCAGCGACCUUGAAAGUGCCGAAAAAGCAAGAACUCUCUGAUGAAGACGAAGUCCUGAAGGAAGAGCUCAACACGUUAGUGCAACAUUUACUAUAUUCAGACAAACGCUCGCAUAAGGAAACACUGGAAAUGAUGGCGAAUCAUAUAAGAGCUUCGACCACAUCGAUGACUUCGGUACCAAAACCAUUAAAAUUUAUGCGAGAACAUUAUGAAAGUAUGAAAAAAGUUUAUAGCGAAAUGCCAGAUCAGGACACUAGUAAUAUGUGCGCUGACAUCAUAUCAGUACUAUCAAUGGCUAUGGGAAAUGGAGAUUGCCUGUCAUACCGUCUUUUACAAGAACCCGCACAACCCGUUGGUGACUGGGGUCAUGAGUACGUACGACAUUUAACAGCAGAAAUCGUAGCAAAGUAUCCUUCCACAUCCGGAAAAACUCGUGCACAGUUAAUUGAUCUAGUAAGACAGAUUACAAUAUAUAGCGUUAAAAACAAUGCCGAAAUCGACGCUUGCGAUUUAUUGAUGGAAAUUGAACAACUUCCUUUAUUACUAGAAUAUGUGGAUGAUGCAGCGUAUCAACGUGUUAGUAUAUAUCUAAUGACAUGUUAUAACUAUGUACCCGCCCCAGAAAACUUGACCAUUUUAGAUAUUGCAUUCAAACUAUCGCGGAAGUUUGAACAAUAUACACAGUCUAUGCGUUUGGCACUUUUGUUAAAUAACAGGAAAAUGCUAAUCGAAAUAUUAAAGGAACCAAAGGAUCUUACCACAAAAAAACAGUUAGCAUUUUUAUUAGCUCGUCAACAAGUCUGUUUAGAAUUGGAUGAAUCAGAUCCUGAUUUCGACCUACUUACGGACAUUAUGUCAAACACAAAUCUUAACAAACACUUUUUAAAUUUCGCUAGACAGUUAGACAUAAUGGAACCAAGAACAGCAGAAGAUAUCUACAAAUCUCACUUGGAGAACACAAAAUAUCAAUCAAAAUUGCGAGUCGACUCAGCGAAACAGAAUCUCGCGAUCAGUUUUGUUAAUGGAUUUGUGAACGCUGGUUUUGGUACUGAUAAAUUGUUGUCAGACGAUGCUAACAAAUGGAUAUAUAAGAACAAGGAAUAUGGUAUGAUGUCGAGUGCAGCUUCGAUUGGCUUGAUUAAGUUGUGGGAUAUCGACAGUGGGCUCACAAUGAUUGACCAAUAUUUGUACUCAUCAGAUCCAUUAAUUAAAGCAGGAGCAUUACUUGCAAGCGGAAUAAUAAACUGCGGUAUUCGCAACGAAGUGGAUCCAGCUCACGCAAUUUUAUCUGAUUACAUUUUCACAAACCAUGAUUAUGUUCGAAUCGGUGCUAUAUUGGGCUUGGGCAUAGCUUAUGCUGGCUCAAAUCGCAACAUUGCCAUUGAUACACUGAAUAACGUUUUUACAGCACAUAAUAAAAAACCAAUAAAUAUUGAUAUUUUGUGCAUGACAGCUCUAUCGAUUGGUCUAAUAUGUGUUGGCACAUCUAACGAUAAAAUUAUGAAGUCAUUGCUGGAAACUAUCAAACGAUUUCAGCUGACCGACUUAGAGAAUGUAAAUAUGCGUUUUUUCUGGUUAGGAUUAGGUUUAAUCCAAUUGGGGCGUCAAACAGUACCUGAGGAAGUAACAUCUGUACUAAAUAAAAUCGUCGAACCUUAUCGCUCUGUGGCUAAAACUACAGUAGAAGUUUGUAGUUUUGCUGGCACCGGUGACGUAUUAAAAAUACAGCAGCUGCAACAUUUAUGUUCAGAUCAUUAUGAAAUACCCGGAACUGAUGCGGAAGAUCAAAAAUACGAUAAAGAAAAGGAUCUGUCGACAGCACAAGCUAUUGGUGUGAUCGGAAUUGCGCUUAUCUCGAUGGGUGAGGAAAUCGGUGCAGAAAUGACAGUACGUUUGCUUGGAAAUCAUUUACAAUACAGUGAGGCAUGCAUACGUCGUUCAGUUCCAUUAGCCUUGGGUCUUUUAUCGGCUUCCAAUCCAAAGUUAAAUAUACUUGACGUAUUGAGCAAACUCUCACAUGACGCUGAUAAUGAAGUAGCACAAAAUGCAACAUUUGCUAUGGGUCUUAUAGGUGCAGGAACGAAUAAUGCGCGGCUUUCUGCAAUGUUACGUCAGUUGGCGCAAUACCACAAUAAGACUCCGGAAAAUUUAUUUGCUGUCCGAAUUGCACAAGGUUUGACUCACUUAGGCAAAGGCACUUUAACUCUUUGUCCGUAUCACAACAAUCGCCUACUUAUGAACCACGUUGCUGUCGCUGGUCUUCUAACUGCUGUAGUCGCAUUUAUUAAUACCAAGGAGUCAAUUUUAAUUAAUUCACAUUAUUUACUUUUUACACUCGUGCUUGCCAUGCAGCCAAGAACGCUUAUUACAUUUGAUAAAGAUCUUAAUGAGUUGCAUGUACCCGUACGUAUAGGUACUGCACUUGAUGUUGUUGGUCAGGCUGGUAAACCUAAAACCAUUACGGGUUUCCAAACACAAACAACACCGGUUUUGCUUGCUAUGAACGAACGUGCUGAGCUCGCUUCUGAUGAAUACAUUCCGGAAACCCCGGUCUUGGAAGGAUUUGUUAUUUUAAAUAAAAAUCCAAACUUUGUGAAUUAAGAUUGCGAACAACAUUGAUAUCAAAAUUAUUAGUGCAAGUAGUCAUUUAUGAUAACAUAUACAUACAUAUAUAUUUGGUACAAUAAAAUAUUUAUUUAUUAA